AUGUCGAUCACACAAACCGCACAGUGGACAGUAAUCCCAAACGGAGGCUGGGAAGGCCUCAACUGUACCUCAGCACCCAUAAAUAACAUCGGGCCCAACGAUUGUCUCAUUCAGAUCCAAGCCGUGUCCCUCAACUACCGCGAUGUCGCAAUCCCCAUGGGAGCCUACCCCAUGACGUCCAACUCGGGCAUAAUACCCUGUUCCGACGCCGCAGGGAUCGUGCUCGCCAUCGGGAACUCUACAACCCGAUUCAAAGCCGGCGACCACGUCUGCACAGCCUUCAACCCAGCCCACCAGUCCGGCCUGACAUCCCUCGAAAAGCGCAAGUAUAGUCUCGGGAAUGUGGCCGACGGAACCCUGCGACAGUACGCCGUCUUCCACGAAGCGGGACUGGUAUUAGCGCCGCGGGGUCUAAACAUGGUUGAAGCAUCCACUCUCUCUUGUGCAGGCGUCACGGCCUGGAACUGUCUCUUUGGCUUGAAAGAUCGCGCCCUCGGUCCUGGCGACUGGGUUCUUACACAAGGGACGGGCGGGGUGAGUCUGUUUGCGAUACAGAUUGCGCUUGCGGCUGGUUCCACGGUCGUCGCGACGACGUCUUCGGAAGAGAAGGCUGGGAAGUUGAGAGCUAUGGGCGUGCAACAUGUUAUUAACUAUGUUCAGGACAGGGACUGGGGCGAGACUGCUAAGAGAUUGUCGCCUGGUGGGGAGGGAGUUCAUCAUGUUAUUGAAGUUGGUGGGGAGGGCACGAUGCCGCAGUCGCUUAGGGCGGUUCGAAUGGAGGGCGUCAUCUCCCUGGUAGGAUUUUUGAGUGGAGCGGGAACUGAACGGAAAUGUGGGUUUUUGGAUUGUUUGCAGACGAUGGCUAUUGUGAGGGGAAUCACAGUUGGGCCGGUGGACCAGUUUGAGGCAUUGAAUGCUUUCAUUGCUGAGCAUGGUAUUAAACCGGUGGUUGACCAGAAGAUGUUUUCAUUCGACGAGGCGAAGGAUGCUUUUCAGUAUUUGUGGGAAAAGAAGAAUUAUGGAAAGGUUGUUAUUUGUACUUGA